UUGAAAAAUGCUUCUGGCUGGGACCCCAUUUGGCAGGUCUCGCUUGUCUCCACCUGACAAAUAUUAUUGCUACUAUUAUUCGAAUCAGAACCCUAAUUCAAGUUUUUGAAUCCCAAAUUGUAAAUUAGAAUUCAUUAAUUUUGGUCCUUUAGUUUAAUUUCCACAUAAUCGAAACACAAAGAGGUAAAGUAAGCAAUUCGUUGGUUUGAUUGUUCCUCAUAGUAAUGGCAAAGUCGCAAGAAGAAGUUGCGAUUGAAGCAAUCAAUCAUGCUUUGAAGUCUCUGCGGAAGCGUCAUUUGCUCGAAGAAGCCGCUCAUGCUCCUGCUCUUCUUGCACUUUCUAGACCUAUCGUAUCCCAGGGCUCUGAGUGGAAAGAGAAAACAGAGAACUUGCAAUUGGAACUUCAGCAAUGCUAUAAAGCUCAAUCUAGGCUUUCUGAGCAGCUUGUUGUGGAAGUAGCUGAAUCCAGAGCUUCAAAAGCUUUGAUUCAAGAGAAAGAAAGUGCAAUUGUUGAUAUGCAGAAGGAGUUAACAGAAUUGAGGGACGAGUGCUCUCAAUUAAAGACAGAUUUGGAACAAAAGCUUAAAGAAUUAGAAUUAGUAGUGAGCGAGAAUUCAGAACUUAAAGCACAACUAGAGCAGAUGACUACCAAAGCCAAUACAGCUGAAGCUGAAAAUAAGAUGUUGAUUGACCGUUGGAUGUUAGAAAAAAUGAAGGAUGCCGAACGCUUGAAUGAGGCAAAUGCACUAUAUGAAGACAUGGUUCAGCGGUUAAAGGCUAGUGGUCUAGAACAACUUGCAAGGGAACAGGUGGAUGGAAUUGUUCGGCGAAGUGAAGAAGGUGCUGAAUUCUUUUCAGAGUCAAACAUCCCCUCCACGUGCAAAUACAGGCUAAAUGCACAUGAAGGAGGUUGUGCUUCCAUGCUGUUUGAGUACAAUUCUAGUAGAUUGAUUACUGGGGGACAGGAUCGUACAGUUAAAGUGUGGGAUACAAAUACAGGAUCCUUAUGUUCUAAUCUUCAUGGCUGCCUUGGCUCGGUAUUGGAUCUCACUAUCACCCAUGAUAAUCGAUCUGUUAUUGCUGCAAGCAGCUCAAACAACUUGUAUGUGUGGGAUGUGAACUCGGGCCGUGUCCGUCAUACCCUUACUGGGCACGCAGAUAAAGUUUGUGCUGUUGAUGUCAGCAAGGUUUCUAGUCGUCACGUUGUCAGUGCAGCUUAUGACCGUACUAUAAAAGUUUGGGACUUGGUGAAAGGUUACUGCACAAAUACAAUCAUGUUUCACAGCAACUGCAAUGCUCUUUGCUUCAGCACAGAUGGACAGACCAUAUUUUCGGGACAUGUUGAUGGUAAUCUUCGUUUAUGGGACAUUCAGACUGGAAGGCUACUGAGCGAGGUUGCUGCACAUUCACUUGCCGUCACGUCGAUAUCCCUAUCUCGAAACGGAAAUAUUGCAUUGACCAGUGGAAGGGAUAAUUUGCACAAUUUGUUUGACGUGCGAUCUCUUGAAGUUUGUGGCACAUUAAGAGCCACAGGAAAUAGAGUGGCUUCGAACUGGAGUCGCUCGUGUAUUAGUCCAGACAACAAUCAUGUUGCUGCUGGGUCUGCUGAUGGAUCUGUCUAUAUAUGGUCAAUAUCUAAAGGUGAAAUAGUCAGUACUCUGAAGGAGCAUACUUCUUCUGUUCUCUGUUGUAGGUGGAGUGGAAUGGGAAAACCCCUAGCUUCAGCUGAUAGGAAUGGGAUUGUUUGCGUCUGGACAUAAUGGCGUUGCGGUAAAGCUCGAAACAGUUUUCAAAUUGGCUUUGCUGAAUUCUUUAUUAAACUGUUCCAUGUUUAUACAAGAUACCACUUAAAUUUUUGAAAAUUGUAUAUAUUAAUUUUUAACUAAGUACUUUCCUUUAGACCGCUCUUUCCCGGUAUCUCAAGGGAAGUAUUAAUAACCCUAAUAUCUAAUUAAGCUCUAUUGUGAACUAUGUCAUUGGCAAAAUUUAACUAGGAUUCAGAAGAAGAAAAAUUGCUGCACUAGUGACACUGUAACUUUGUGCAAUUUGGAUGAAUUUUUCAAUCAUUGAUAUGUAUAAUACCAAAUCCAACAUUCCAAUAGCCUAGUCAAAUCCAACUAUUAUUACGGCAUCACCCAAAACCACAACACUGUAUAAUUUUAGUAUCGAAGAUAUUUAACCCAAUGUCUUUGACAAAGACAUUGGUUGCAGAAGCAUAUGCAUAUAUUGUGUUGUGGUUUUGGAUGAGAUCUUAAUAAUAGUUGAAUUGAAUAGGCUAUUGGGGCAGUGGUGUUGGGUACUAUCCGGGUUGCUCAACCUAUAGUAUCACUAGUGCUGCAUAAUUUUUUUUCUGAUUUUUAGUUAGAUUUUAGACUUGGAAAAUUUGUUUAACCAUGUAAUUAGCAGGUUGUAAUUUUUAUUUAACUUUAAAUCAGCAGCCAAGUAAAUGAUUAAUAAAUCACCAGGUCCUGUUAUUACAA